UCAUGGUAACUAGGAAGAGAUGUGGACAUAGGCUAUGCGGUUAUCCGGUGUAGCACCCCCCAGGGAGCCCAUCACCUUGGCAGCAGCGAUGCUUCGUGUCUGUAUGUAGUCCUGCACCAUGUGGGCGCAGUAUAAGUAUUCGGUGUUACCUCCGGCAUUAGAGGGGUCGACACCAUCACCGUCUACAAAAUCAGAUGCUUCUAACUCGUGGUUGGUGUGGUGCUGUCACAUUUGGAUGACCUGCCUUUCAUUUUUAAUUCUUCUCAUCACUUUACCCAUAUCCAUCUGGUGCUUCCUAAAGAUCGUCCCAGAUUAUGAGAGGGUAUUGGUAUUUCGCCUUGGUCGGGUACGUCCACCCAAAGGUCCUGGACUUGUCCUGCUGCUCCCUCUAAUUGACCAUUUUCAGAGAAUAGACAUGAGAACAAGAGCGUUCAGCAUACAUCCAUGUAAGGUCAAGUCUCGGGAUGAUGUGCCGGUAUCUGUAGGAGCUGAUGUUCAGUUUAGAGUCUGUGAUCCUGUACUGUCUGUGCUGUCUGUACAGGACCUUAAUUUUGUAAUCCAGAACACUGCAGAGAACCUGUUGGCGCAGAGCUUGGGCCGCAAAUACCUUCGAGAGAUCUAUGGUGACCGAAUACGUCUAGGAGAACAUUUUAAGGAGGAUAUUAACGAGCAGGUGAAGCCAUGGGGGGUUUGUGUGGAGCAUGUGGACCUCCAUAUGGAAGCUGUCCUACGACCUCCUGAAGAGCACGUGAAUCUUCUCAACACUCCACAAGCUGUAAACCCCAAUGGUGGAUUCGAGCAGCUCAUCAUGCAGGUUGUCUCUAUGGCCAAGCAAGCUUCAGCAACAGAUGCAAAACCAUCUACAGCUGUUACAGAUCUGUCAUUACACGAGAUGUUGUCUCGAUUGGAGGGGAUCUUGUCAGAAUCAUUGGUCUCUGAAAUUAGGUCUUCAUAUCAGCUGUAUGUGAUUCAAAAAGACGGCAAGAGAUUUGCAUGUUUCCUUGAUCUAACAUCAGGAGCAGGACUUUCUGGAAUGGGAGUCCUCACUUCUUCUCCCGAUGUUACCCUAGAGAUUACAGAAGCCGAUCUCCUGUCUCUCAUUCGGGGAGAUUUAAAUGCCAUGGCUGCUUACACAACAGGUCGCUUGCUUGUCAAAGGGAAUCUACAGACUGCUCUGCGACUAGAGAAGGUCCUACAGAAAAUGAGAUCCUGAUGCUAUUCCAAAAUUUAUUUUUUCACUCCUGUUUUUUUGUAAGAUAGGUUUUUAUUUAUAAAGAAAAUAAUAUGGACUAGUUUCAGCUUUUUUUUUUUUUUUAGCAUUUUGUACUUUUAAGGCUAUGACUGUUAUUUCAUUCUAGCUACCACAUAAUGUGAACCAUUGACAGCACUUUAGGCUAGGUUUUACUGUUUAAUGUCCUGGGUUGAACAGGACUGUCGCAGGCUUUGGGCACUGUUCCAGGAGGGCUGCAGCAUGUCCUGUUUUCAACUGUAUCUGCAUCCACUGGAUGACCACUGCGGUCAGCGGCUUGGCGCAGACGUAAUGUAGUGACAUGCCAGAAGGCACCUGCACUAAGUGGUGAGCUCCUUUCAUCGUGGUAGUGCUGCGGUUAGGCAUUUCAUUUGGAGGCACUAAGGGGAAUACUUCUUGGAGGCAUAAUACAUUGUGGGCAGUGUCUAAGGGAGCAUCAUAUUGCAUUGGAGGCAUUAAGGGGGUAUCAUACUGUAUGGGUAGGCACAAAGGUGUCAUCAUACUUCAGAGGGGCACCAAAGGGGCAUAAUACAGCAUAGGUAGGCUCUAAGGCAGGCAUGGCCAACCUGCGGCUCUCCAACUGUUGUAAAACUACAACUCCCACCAUGCCCUGCUGUAGGCUGAUAGCUAUAGGCAGUCUGGGAAUGCUGGGAGUUGUAGUUUUA